UCGCGUCCCUGAGAUUCAUGUUGAUAGAAUUUGUCCGCUAAGCUGCCGAAGUGGCGUGUAGGUUGCAUAGCAUUGAAGUGCAGGGUGACGGACCGAAUUUGCACAAAGAUAGCCCACUGAAGCAAUGUGGGGAUUCUCCAGGGUCGCUCUUCACUCCAUCUGUCGCCUGUGCCUUUUUCGGUAUUCCUUUGUGCUACCAUGGCCGACCUCACGGUCUUGAAGGUGAUUGUGGUGGUCUUCCUCAGUGUCGCUAUUUACAACUUCCUCGAACUCAACGUCCAGAUCUUCACCACUUUCAAGCGACGGAAAGGGCUUUACUUCUGGAGCUUCACAAUCGCAACAUGGGGCAUCCUCUUCAACUCGAUCGGAUAUCUCCUCAAGCACCUUGAGGUGACGAAAGAAGGAAACGUCUACGCAACGAUCAUCUUGAUAGGAUGGUGCUCGAUGAUCUCCGGUCAAUCGGUCGUUCUGUAUUCUCGAUUGCACAUCGUGAUGCACAACACAAAACGGUUGCGGGCCGUAUUGAUCAUGAUCAUCACCAAUGCCAUCUGGCUCCACAUACCGAUCAUUAUCUUGGUCUACGGUUCCAACUCAAACAACCCUGGUCCUUUCGAGGGGCCCUACUCCGUCUACGAGAAGAUUCAAUUAACCGUAUUCGUAGUCCAAGAGCUGAUCAUCUCCGGUCUCUAUGUCUACGAGACUGUCAACCUCCUCAAACUUGAAAGGAUCAUUGGCAACAACGGGACCAGGAUUGUGCUCCAUCACCUCAUCUAUGUCAACAUCCUUGUUAUGCUGCUAGACUUCAGCAUUGUCGGCCUCGAGUUCGCAAAUCUUUAUGAGAUUCAAACCGCCUGGAAACCCCUUGUCUACAGCGUCAAGCUCAAACUCGAGUUCAGCAUCCUCAACCGCCUUGUCGAGUUGACAAGGAGCGCUCGGAGCGGCGACUCUCGAUCCUACAGCAACGCAGUGCAAUCUGAAGGUCUGGCGCUGGGCACCAUCAAGGCCAACAAUACAACUCAUCAGCGCUCGGUAGCGCGAGGUGCAGAUCAGACAAGCAAAUGGGAGGUGCAAGUUGGGAGCGGAAAGGGCAACACCAAUGCGCUCCCUGCAACAGUCGUCAAGACCACCGAGGUCAAGAUACAGAGUCACACCCGUCGAAGGAGCGAUACAAGUCUGGCAGAGAGCAAGACAGGAAUAUUGCCAGAAGCGGCGGUGCAUGCUGGCAACGAGGCAGAAAGAGCGAGUGCGUCAUCGGUAUCUUCGGAAAUCGGCUACGGCAAAUACGCCAAUCCAGCCUAGCUGUAAUGUAGUAACGCUGUUGUUUGUUUCCAUUCCAUUGUUUGAAGCUCGACACCCGAUGUAACCAUCUACGUCCACGCCUAAGGUUCUCUGCAUCAGCCUCUACCACCAGGCUUUCUUUU